GAGCCUCGCACGUUCCCCUCCCGCCGCCGGCCGGUACCUGCGCAGCGCAGCCCAGCCCAGCCCAGCCCAGCGGGGCUUCUGCGGCCGCAGGGUCAUGGGGGCCCCGGGCGCGCGACCUGGACGCCCCAGGACCUCUCGGCCCCGGCAGAUUCUGCCGCGACUCCAGGGGUCCCCUCCCGGCCCCCCCGAGGCGCAGUCCUCCAGCCCCUUCGGUUCCUUCCCUCUGCCUCGGUUUCCCUGUCUCCCCUGGCUUUCUCCCUCCGCUGUCUCUGCUCUGUUGGACUGUGUAUUUCGCCCUUACCUCCCCCCUGUGCUUCGGAGCAAGAGAGAAAGAGCGAAAAGCAGUUUCUGUCUCCCUGAGGUCUGACUGUUGUCCCCGCGCUCGGUUCUCUGUCCCCUCCCCCCCAUCGCCAUUGUUCCCCGGUCCGAGGAGUGCGCGGCACAAACUUGCGAGUGCCCCUCCUUCUGUCUUCGCCCCCGCAGGGCCGCUGAUCGCGGUGGCGGAGUUCCCGCUGGCGGGUCCUACUGGUUCGGCCGGCCGUGGGGGCGCCCAACAGCCCGGAGCUCCCCGCCUGGGGUCCCCAGCUCUCAGGCCCGGGUCUCCGAAAGUGGGUGAGUGUCUGGAGCCGGAGAUAAAGGACACAUUGGAGGAGGAAGGAGCCAGACCGGGAGAGACCCCCGACUCCCGGCCGGGGAGGUGUGUUGCUGAUCGAACGGGAGGACCGGCGGCCAAGUCAUUUCUGUGUCUCCUGGACCAGCGCCUGGUAGACGACAGCGGCUCCGGGACGAGAUGGCGGCCAAGCAGCCCCCGCCUCUCAUGAAGAAGCACAGCCAGACGGACCUCGUGAGCCGCCUGAAGACCCGCAAGAUCCUCGGCGUGGGCGGGGAGGACGACGACGGGGAGGUGCACCGCUCCAAGAUCAGCCAGGUCUUGGGCAAUGAAAUCAAGUUUGCUGUUCGGGAGCCUCUGGGGCUGAGGGUCUGGCAGUUUGCUUCUGCUGUGCUCUUCUCCGGCAUCGCCAUCAUGGCCCUCGCCUUCCCUGACCAGCUCUAUGAUGCGGUCUUUGAUGGAGCCCAGGUGACCAGCAAGACCCCCAUCCGCCUCUAUGGCGGUGCCCUCCUCAGCAUCUCCCUGAUCAUGUGGAAUGCUCUCUACACGGCUGAGAAAGUGAUCAUCCGAUGGACUCUGCUCACCGAAGCCUGUUACUUUGGGGUCCAGUUCUUGGUGGUCAGUGCCACGCUCGCGGAGACCGGCCUCGCGUCCCUGGGGAUUCUGCUGCUCUUGGCCAGCCGCCUCCUUUUUGUCGUCAUCAGCGUUUACUACUAUUACCAAGUGGGCCGAAAACCCAAGAAAGUCUAGCCACUCGCUGGGCCGGGGGCCCCUGUGUGGCGGGGAGGCCCCGGGGCCUCAGUUUCCCUCUGGCUGCUGGAAGGCAGGAAGGAGCCUGCCCUGUGCCGGGCCUGCCCCCAGGCAGGCGGGGCUGACCGCCUUCCUUUCCUCCCGAGCACCCCCAAAUGCUGUGAUCUGGGCUUUCAGGUUUGGGGAGGGACGGGGCCUCUUGAACCUCUGGCCCUCGCCCCACACAGGAACGCCUCCUUUUCGUGGGUCUCUUGGCCUCCUGAUCCCCUGGACACUCGCUGGAGAGCUUGAGUCGUGGGGUUUUGGGCUGAGAUGGGGCUCUCGCCCCUUCUGCCGGGAGGCCCUUCUCUGGUUUGAGACAGGCUGAGCACUGUCCCCCGGUCCUCCUUACACCCCCGGCCACUCUAGUGCCCAUGUGGCUGAACAUGGCUUCCGUGUAUGCCUGGAAAAAUCCAAGAAUUUGACCCCGUGCCCCUAUUCCUCCCCACCCAUGGGAGCUGCCCCCUGCCCCCUAACCCCACACGCCUGCCCUUCCCACAGCCCAGCUGCGGGCGGACCGGCAGGGGUGGUGGUCUCUGAGCCGGUGCCUCCCUUUCAGCCUCCCUCUGCAGUAGGCCACCUGUCGCCAGAGCCCGGUCCCCAGCCCCAAGCCCGGCCACCACAGACUCUCCUAGGGCCUUACUCUAGGCUGCCGUGCCGCCACCCGGCUCCCGGACGCCCCUAGGGGUCCCCUUCCCCCAACUGGCCUGGGUCCAGAGGCUGCCAGCAGCCUCACCCCCAGGCCGGCCCCGACAGUGGACACAGAGAGAAGUGGAACCCCCGUGAUGGGGUUUGGAGGUGAAGAAGAGAGAAACGCAGUGGCGUUUCCUCGUCCCUUCAGUCUGCCCGGUUCAGUCCCCUCGCGCACCCUCGCCCUCUCCCCGGGGUGCUGCCCCCGAGACCUGGCGGGGUAGGACUGGGUGCCCUCCAAACUCAGCAGGGGAAAUAAAUAGAAAUAUUUCAGCA